AUGCUCCUCACCACUGGUCCUCGCAACCAGAGGGGGUUCUUGGCAGCUUUCAAGCAAGCGGCGUCGGCCCAGCAGGAGGCAGCGAGCGCUCUCAGAGACUCCUUUAAGAAAAAAGUACGUGUACUUGCCCCGUUGAUCUAUUCAUCUUCCCGUGUCAAAGCUGCCGCCAAAGCAGCAGAGGAUGCCAAGAGGCGGCUCGCCGAAGAGAGGGAGGCCCGUAACGCUGAGAAGGCUGAGACCACCAGGAAGAUGGAGGCCGCGACUACCCAGUAUAAUACGCAACGCCGCGCACUCUCGGCACAACUCGCUAGGGCCAAGCAGGAGAAUGAAGAGAGCACGAAGGAGUUCCAGAAGCUCUUUGAGGAUCGCAAACAGGAGGCAAUACGCGAGAAGGCUUACAUGGAAAAACAGCUGAGCCUCGCACGGGGAGAGGUGACGAAACUGAAGGAACAGCUACAGAAGAGCACCGAGGAAGUCGACCAGGGCCGCAAGGAGAGAGCUUCACUCAAGCGAAAAUUGUCUGAUGCUGAGCGCCGCAUCAGCGAGCUCCAACGAGAAAUCGAAAAUUUCCGACGAGAAGACUCCAAAGGGUCUCAGCCGGACCCUGAGGUUAGCACUAGGAUCACUAACGCUGUGGCGCUCAAUAGCAGCAGUAACAACAGCUCUUGUAAGUCUAGUCGUCAUGUUUGUACCGAAGUCCUCGGUGUUGCAGUGUUGGACUCCCUUGCCUUCGGAGAGAGUCUGCUAGUUGAAGGCUGCAGCUCUUUUGAUGCGACUGUAAAUCAGACCAGGACUAGCAGCAAGAAAACCACAACCCGAACAACUGCUGCAAAGACCACCACCACCACUGUAGCUGCCUCGAGGCCCACACGAACAACUACCACGCGGACUUCAACAAGACUAGCGGCAGGGGCCCGCGGUCAGGCCAGGGGAACUACUAAGCACCCAUCACCGGAGCCUAAGGUGACCUUUGCUUUCCCUUGCCUUGCAUAG